GUUGGAGAGUAGAAUCGAAGUCAGUCCAGUCAACAAAACCUUGAAGAAAUUCCAUGGAGAAGGCAAGGAUUCAAGAAAUCCCUAAAAACGAAUUGGAAAUUAAGAAAAAGAAAAAGGGUAUAGAAAUCGAAGGAUACCCAAUCGAAGGAAUAUCAAUUGGAGGACAAGAAACAUGUAUAAUCUUUCCAUCUCUAAAAAUAGCCUUUGAUAUUGGUAGAUGUCCUCAACGUGCUGUUUCUCAAGAUUAUCUUUUUAUCUCUCAUGGUCACUUGGAUCAUAUAGGUGGAUUACCAAUGUACGUUGCUACUAGAGGUUUAUUUAAGAUGCAACCACCGACUAUAUUCAUACCCCGUUCGAUUGAAAAAGAUGUAAAAAGUUUAUUUGAAGUUUAUAGAAAUUUGGAUGGUGCAGACUUGAAUCAUAACUUGGUUGUUAUGGAUGUAGGAGAAGAGAAGGAGCUAAGAAAAGACCUUAAAGUAAAAGCAUUCAAGACGUACCAUCGGGUACCGAGUCAGGGCUAUGUAAUUUACUCGGUUAAACAUAAACUUAAGCCGGAAUAUGUUGGUCUUCCUGGGAAAGAGCUAAAAAGCUUGAAAGACUCAGGUGUGCAGAUUACUGACACCAUAACAUCACCUGAGAUUGCUUUCACUGGAGACACCAUGUCCGACUUUAUAGUUGAUCCAAACAACAUUGAUGUUUUGAAAGCAAGGAUUCUUGUAAUGGAGAGCACCUACGUUAAUGAUGCUCAGUCUGUGGAGCAUGCGAAGGAGUAUGGUCACACCCAUUUAUCUGAGAUAGUAGAAUAUGCAGAUAAGUUUGAAAACAAAGCAAUUCUUCUUGUUCAUUUUUCAGCUCGCCACGAAGCAGUGGAAAUCCAGGCAGCAGUUUCAGCAUUGCCUCCCAGUUUAGCAGGUCGAGUGCAUGCUUUUAUGGAGGGCUUCUGAUAUACUAUUCUUUGGCAGACAGUUUUUCUGGCGAUGUCUAUGACUUUAUUCUUCAAGAAGUGUCUUUUUAUGUUGCUUGUUCUUAAAAUUUUGGCAAGUGUCAAAACCUGUAUUUCACCCAAUUUUGGUAUGCACAGAGCUUUGUCAACUACUACUCAUACACAUGUCUAUAGAGGAUGUUGCACGAUGUUUUCAUGGGUGCAUACAAUAUGUCUGUGAUGUUUUUAUGGGUGCAUACAAUAUAUCUGCGUGAAUAUUCGUUAACCAUAUACCGUAUUACAGAGGCAUUUUCC